CCUGUCGAUAGUCACCUUUGCCUCCGAGUCCCUUGGCUGGGUUCCCUUUCAACUCAAGAGGAGCUGAGGAAAUGGCAAACAAAUUCUGUUUUCACUUGAUUGCUUCACACGGCCUGAAAGAACCUUCCCUCCUGCCAGUGAACUCCAGGAACCGAGGGAGAUGGGGGCAAAGGGAGGCGAAGACAGGGCAGGACCUGGGUCGCAUAAUCUUCCUAGGGGGUUUGUUCACGGGUCGUGAGCAGGAAACGCGGGGCCAGCCAGGGAAAGGCCGUCCCCAACUGCUCCUGCCCCUGUGUGCCUCUGUGUCUUUGCUGGGUGGCCUGACCUUCGGCUAUGAGCUGGCAGUCAUAUCGGGUGCCCUGCUGCCACUGCAGCUGGACUUCGGGCUGUCCUGCUCGGAGCAGGAGCUCCUGGUGGGCAGCCUGCUCCUGGGGGCUCUCCUCGCCUCCCUGGUGGGCGGCGUCCUCAUCGACCAGUAUGGCAGGAAACGAGCCAUCCUUGGGAGCAACUUGGUGCUUUUGGCGGGCAGCCUGAGCCUAGGCCUGGCCGGCUCCCUGGCCUGGCUGGUCCUGGGGCGCUUGGCCGCUGGAUUUGCCAUCUCUCUCUCCUCCAUGGCCUGCUGUAUUUAUGUGUCAGAGCUGGUGGGGCCGCGGCAGCGGGGCGUGCUGGUGUCCCUCUACGAGGCAGGCGUCACCGCGGGCAUCCUGCUCUCCUAUGCACUCAACUACGCCCUGGCUGGCGCCCCCUGGGGAUGGAGGCAUAUGUUCAGCUGGGCCGCUGCACCUGCCCUCCUACAGUCCCUCAGCCUCCUUUAUCUCCCUGCUGGCACCGCCGAGACUCCAGCGCCCAAGGACCUCGUUCCUCUCCAGGGAGGUGGGACCUCCAAGCUGGGCCUGGCGAGGCCAAGAUCCUCCCUCCUGGACCUCUUCAGGGCGCGGGAGAACAUGCGAGGCCGGACCGCCGUGGGCUUGGGGCUGGUGAUUUUCCAGCAGCUGACGGGGCAGCCCAAUGUGUUGUCCUACGCCUCCACCAUCUUCCAGGCGGUGGGCUUCCGGGGAGGCUCCUCCGCGGUGCUGGCCUCUGUGGGACUCGGGGCCGUGAAGGUGCUGGCGACCCUGACUGCCAUGGGGCUGGUGGACCGAGCGGGCCGCAGGGCCCUGUUACUGGCCGGCUGUGCCCUCAUGGCCCUGUCGGUCAGCGGCAUAGGCCUUGUCAGCUUUGCCGUGCCCAUGGCCUCCGGCCCUAGCUGCCUGGCCGUGCCCAAUGCCACCAGGCUGUCAGGCCUCCCUGGGGACUCCGGCCUGCCGAGGGCCAUGGCUCCCCCUCCACCGCCGACAACCAGUGAGAGCCAAGGGAGGCCGGCCUUGUCGACCUCUGAGACGAUCCAGCCUCCUCCCGGAGCUGGGGACCCCACGGCCCCGGCCCUGCCGGCCUUCAGCCCCGCCUCCCCGGCACCUCCUUCUGCCCCAGAGCGCGUCCUGCUGCACUGGGCCGCGCUGGUCUGUUUGAUGGUCUUUGUGAGCGCCUUCUCCUUUGGAUUUGGACCAGUGACCUGGCUCGUCCUCAGCGAGAUCUACCCCGCGGAGAUCCGGGGCAGAGCCUUCGCCUUCUGUAACAGCUUCAACUGGGCCAGCAACCUCCUCGUCAGCCUCUCCUUCCUCGACCUCAUCGGCACUAUCGGCUUGUCCUGGACCUUCCUGCUCUACGGGCUGACCGCUGUCCUCGGCCUGGGCUUCAUCUAUGUAUUUGUCCCCGAAACCAAAGGCCAGUCACUGGCAGAGAUAGACCAGCUGUUCCAGAGGAGACGGACCUAUAUUGACAACAUCUCAUGGAGUCUCCUUUGCUCCUUGGGCUUUCUCAGAGAACCUCUAAGGAACCAGUCCUGGAAGGAAGUCUUUUCUGGCAUCACCCCCAAAUCCAGAUGAGGAUACACUAUACUCUCAGCUCUCUUUUUCCAUCUGGCUGGGACUUUUCGGUGAGAGGAGAGCCAGCUCAGGUCACGAUCUGUGUGACCCCACAGUCACCAGCAGCUCAGACUGGGUGAUAGGCUGCUUGAGUUCUAGUCCCGCUUCCCUGGUGUCAUCGCGACAUGACCGUGGGCCUCAGUUUCCCCGAUAUGUACCAUGGGGGACCUGGACCAAGGAGUUCUCUAAGAUCACAUCCGAUGCCAAUGAGCUGGAAUUCUAAAUGCUGCUAAUUCAACACAGGUUCAGCGUGAGCCCUGCUCUCAAGCUGCCGGCCAUCUCUUUAGGGGAUGUGAGUUUUAAUUAGGGGAAUGGUAAAUAGAAUUCCAGAAUCGUAUGCACUAGAAUCCAAGAGCUGACAUGGUGUGUGAAGCAAGCCCUGGGAGCUGUUUCCAGGAUGGUGCAGGACAGCUCUGCGGAAAGGAGAUGGGUUUGGAGGCUGACAAGCCUGGAUGCUGGUGUUGCCUCUGUCGCCUUGGGUAACGACUCCCUCUAGCCUCAGUUUCCACAUCUACCGAAGGGGGAUGAUUGGGCCCCCGGGGGUGUAUUUAACCCCUGUCUGACUGCAGGAGGGUCUUCAGCUGGUCCCAUCCAGCUAGUCAGGGCCUGGGGGGUUUCUGUUCACCCUCAGUUACCGAGGCCCCCACCUUUGAGACACUGUUAAGGGUCAGCCCCUGAGGGGUGAGUCAGAGAUUAAGCAAGGAACUCGGGCCAGAGGUCACCAGAGGAAGGGCCUGGCAAGAGUGAGUUCUGGGGCGCCUGGGUGACUCAGUCGGUUAAGCGUCCGGCUUCAGCUCAGGUCAUGAUCUCAUGGUUCAUGGGUUCAAGCCCCGCAUCAGGCUCUCUGCUGUCAGCACAGAGCCCGCUUCGGAUCCUCUGUCCCCCUCUCUCUCUGCCCCUUCUCUGCUCACACGCAUGCUCUCUCUCUCAAAAAUAAUAACUUAAAAAAUUAAAAAACAAAAAAGAUGAGUUCCUGGAUGCUGAGGCAAAUGAAAAGCUAACGCAGACCCAGGGCGCUGACGUGGGACGACCUUGGUCAUCUGUGCCUGCUCCGUGGCCUCUGGACUCUGGACUCUCGGCUUCUCUCCUCUUGUUCUAGAUGCUUCUCUU